UCUAAUUGUGUGUAUGUGAGUGUGUUAUGUGUGGCCAGUAAUACAGCAUGUAAACGCCUUCUAACAUUAAUACCAUUUGGCAGAUCGUCCUUCCACCAGAUCUUUGUGGACAAAAGUCAUGAACUCACCUGGUGCAAAGUCCCCAAGGCAGCCAGCACCAGCUGGCUCAAUGCCUUCCUGCAGCUAGCAGGUGUGGAGGACCAAGAGCUUAGAGACUUCUCGAGACAUCACCUACUGCUGCGAGACAAAUACCCGAUGAUGCCUGGACCUCAGCUCCGCCAGAUAAUGCCUAUGACCAUGAAGUUUAUGAUUGCACGCCAUCCUUUCGAGAGGGUUCUGUCUGCCUAUAGAGAUAAGCUGGAAGAGUAUGAGCGAGACGUGAAAUUCAGGGGUGGAUAUUAUUACUCCAUAUAUGGCAAGAAGAUUGUCAAGGUGUAUCGCAAGUCCAGCAUCAAUGAAAAUGAGAAUUCAGAAAAACAAGAACACAAGGAGCCCACAUUUAGAGAAUUUGUUCAGUACCUUCUGGACACUGAUGUGGAGGAGUAUGACGAGCACUGGCGACCCAUCUCCCUGUUAUGCACACCCUGCCACAUCAAAUAUGACAUCAUAGCCAAGAUAGAGACACUCAGUCAAGACUCCAGCUUCAUCUUGUACCACCGAGGUUUGGCAGACAAGGUGCAGAUCCACUGGUCUCAUCGCACUGAUCAAACUUACAAGACCUCAGAUGUGGCUAAAAAGUAUUAUUCACAACUCACACUGACUGAAAUUAAACAGCUUUACCACAAGUAUUUGAUGGACUUCUUGAUAUUUGAUUAUGAACUUGAGCCAUAUGAGAUGCUUGUGGAUUCGCCCAGUAUGAAUAUGACACUGGGGACAGAUGAGAAUGGUGAAUAUUACUAUGAGGAGGAGGAGGAGGAGGAGGAGGAGGAAGAGGAGGAGGAAGAGGAGGAGGAGGAGGAGGAG